GCAGCAGGCCUGGUUACUGUGGGGACCGUGAGGCAGGACAGCCAGAGAGAGAGAGCCCUGGGAGCAGUUGAGGGCUGCUGGAGCGAUGUACUCUUUUGUCUAUGCAAGAAAUAGAUAUGGAGGUGGAGGUGGGACAGCAAGUACUGCCUGUAUCAGGGGAGAUCACACCUAAAUCCCUGAGGAGAGCUGAGGACGAAGAAAAAUGAAGUUUCCGGAAAAUGAGACUAGAGAUGGGGCCAUAGUAUGUGCUGGCUGUGAUCGAAAUUCUCAAUCCUCAGAGGCUUGGGUCUCCCACUUCAUUCCCCUAGCCAGGCCUCCCGGCCCGCCUUGUGCAUCCGUGGUGGCCUCUCCGCCAUCCCUGUUCUCUGCUUGCCCUCCCCAUGGACCAGACAUGAGUGACCCCCUAGAAGGGGUUGAUGGGGGAGGGGAUCCCAGGCCGGGGGAAUCCUUUUGUUCUGGAGGGGCCCCAUCUCCUGGGCCUCCACAGCACCGGCCUUGCCCUGGCCCCAGCUUGACUGAUGACACGGAUGCCAACAGCAAUGGCUCAAGUGGCAAUGAGUCCAAUGGGCCCGAGUCCAGGGGUGCAUCUCAGAGGAGCUCACAUAGCUCUUCCUCUGGCAAUGGCAAGGACUCAGCCCUGUUGGAGACUACUGAAAGCAGCAAGAGCACAAACUCUCAGAGCCCGUCCCCACCCAGCAGUUCCAUUGCCUACAGCCUCCUGAGUGCCAGCUCAGAACAGGACAACCCGUCUACCAGUGGCUGCAGCAGUGAACAGUCAGCCCGGGCAAGAACCCAGAAGGAACUCAUGACGGCACUUCGGGAGCUCAAGCUUCGGCUGCCGCCAGAGCAUCGGGGCAAGGGCCGCUCUGGGACCCUGGCCACACUACAGUAUGCUCUGGCCUGUGUCAAGCAGGUGCAGGCCAACCAGGAAUACUACCAGCAGUGGAGCUUGGAGGAGGGUGAACCUUGUGCCAUGGACAUGUCUACCUACACUUUGGAGGAGCUGGAGCACAUCACGUCUGAGUACACACUUCGAAACCAGGAUACCUUCUCCGUGGCUGUCUCCUUCCUGACAGGCCGAAUCGUCUAUAUUUCGGAGCAGGCAGGUAUCCUGCUGCACUGCAAGCGGGAUGUGUUCCGGGGUGCUCGCUUCUCAGAGUUCCUGGCUCCCCAGGAUGUGGGCGUCUUCUAUGGUUCCACUGCCCCAUCUCGCCUGCCCACCUGGGGCACUGGGGCCUCAGCAGGUUCAGGCUUUAAAGACUUCACCCAGGAGAAGUCUGUCUUCUGCCGUAUCAGAGGAGGUCCUGACCGGGAUCUGGGGCCUCGUUACCAGCCAUUCCGCCUAACCCCGUAUUUGACCAAGAUCAGGGUCUCAGAUGGGGCCCCCACGCAGCCAUGCUGCCUGCUCAUCGCAGAACGUGUCCACUCGGGUUACGAAGCUCCUCGGAUCCCUCCCGACAAGAGAAUCUUCACCACACGACACACGCCUAGCUGCCUCUUCCAGGAUGUGGACGAAAGGGCUGCCCCGCUGCUCGGCUACCUCCCCCAGGACCUCCUGGGGGCCCCAGUGCUCUUGUUCCUGCAUCCCGAGGACCGACCCUUGAUGCUGGCUAUCCACAAGAAGAUCCUGCAGCUGGCUGGCCAGCCCUUUGAUCACUCCCCUAUCCGUUUCUGUGCCCGUAAUGGAGAGUAUGUCACCAUGGACACCAGCUGGGCUGGUUUCGUGCACCCCUGGAGCCGCAAGGUAGCCUUUGUGUUGGGCCGCCACAAAGUACGCACGGCACCCCUGAAUGAGGAUGUGUUCACUCCACCAGCCCCCAGCCCAGCUCUGUCCCUGGACCCUGAUAUCCAGGAGCUAUCUGAGCAGAUCCACCGGCUGCUGUUGCAGCCAGUGCACAGCCCCAGCCCAACGGGGCUAUGUGGAGUCGGCCCUGUGACUUCCCCAGGUCCUCUCCUCAGCCCUGGCUCCUCCAGUGAUAGCAAUGGGGGUGAUGCUGAGGGGCCUGGGCCUCCUGCCCCAGUGACCUUCCAGCAGAUCUGUAAGGAUGUACAUCUGGUGAAGCACCAGGGGCAGCAGCUUUUUAUUGAGUCCCGGGCUCGGCCUCUGCCCCGGCCCCACCUCCCUGCUACAGACACAUUCAGGGCCAAGAUCCUUCCUCGCCAUUCUCCAGACCCAGAGCUGGAGGCAGCCCCUCCUCCAGUCCAGGCCCCACUGGUUUUGGCUACUGAAGAGGCUGAGAGAAAAGAAACCUCCAGUUGCUCCUACCAACAGAUCAACUGCCUGGACAGCAUCCUCAGGUACCUGGAGAGCUGCAACAUCCCUGGCACGACCAAGCGUAAAUGUGCCUCCUCUUCCUCCUGCACCACCUCCUCAGCCUCUGAUGAUGAUAAGCAGAGGACAGGUCCAGUCUCUGUGGGGACCAAGAAAGAUCCGUCGGCAGUGCUGUCUGGGGAGGGGGCCACCCCUCGGAAGGAGCCGGUGGUGGGAGGCACCCUGAGCCCGCUCACCCUGGCCAAUAAGGCGGAGAGCGUGGUGUCCGUCACCAGUCAGUGUAGCUUCAGCUCUACCAUCGUCCAUGUAGGAGACAAGAAGCCCCCGGAGUCGGACAUCAUCAUGUUGGAAGACCUGCCUAGCCUGGCUCCAGGCCCAGCCCCCAGCCCAGCCCCCAGCCCCACAGUAGCCCCUGACCCAGCCCCAGAUGCUUACCGCCCCGUGGGCCUGACCAAGGCUGUGCUGUCCCUGCACACACAGAAGGAGGAGCAGGCCUUCCUCAGCCGCUUCCGUGACCUCAGCAGGCUGCGUGGACUUGAUGGCUCCUCUGUGGCCCCCUUGGCCCCUGGUGAGCGAGGCUGCCACCAUGGUCCUGUACCCCCCAGCCGCCGCCAUCACUGCCGAUCCAAAGCCAAGCGCUCACGUCACCACCAGACCCCACGGGUGGAAGCGCCCUGCUAUAUCUCCCAUCCCUCACCUGUGCCACCUUCUGCCCCCUGGCCCCCACCAUCAGCUACUACUCCCUUCCCAUCUGUGGUCCAGCCCUACCCCCUUCCAGUGUUCUCACCCCGAGGCAACCCCCAGCCUCUUCCCCCUGCCCCUACAUCUGUGCCCCCUGCAGCUUUCCCAGCCCCCCUGGUGACCCCAAUGGUGGCCUUAGUGCUCCCUAACUAUCUGUUCCCUACCCCACCCAGCUAUCCCUAUGGGGUACUCCAGACCUCCACCGAGGGGCCUCCUACCCCUGCCUCCCAUUCCCCUUCUCCAUCCCUGCCCCCACUGCUCCCCAGCCCUCUCCACCGCCCGGACUCUCCGCUAUUCAACUCGAGAUGCAGCUCCCCGCUCCAGCUAAAUCUACUGCAGCUUGAGGAGCCCCCCCGUGUUGAUGGGGGUGCUGUUGCAGGGGGCCCUGGGAGCAGUUCUGGGCCCCUGCCUCCCAAUGAGGAGGCUGCUGAGCCAGAGGCCAGACUGGUGGAGGUAACUGAGUCUUCCAAUCAGGAUGCGCUUUCGGGCUCCAGUGACCUCCUAGAGUUGCUGCUGCAAGAAGACUCUCGCUCUGGCACAGGCUCUGCUGCCUCAGGCUCCUUGGGCUCUGGCUUGGGCUCUGGAUCUGGUUCAGGCUCACAUGAAGGGGGCAGCACCUCGGCCAGCAUCACACGCAGCAGUCAGAGCAGCCACACAAGCAAGUACUUUGGCAGCAUCGACUCUUCUGAGGCUGAGGCUGGGGCUGCCCAAGCCAGGGCUGAGCCUGGGGACCAGGUCAUUAAGUACGUGCUCCAGGAUCCUAUCUGGCUGCUCAUGGCCAAUGCUGACCAGCGUGUCAUGAUGACCUACCAGGUGCCCUCCAGGGACAUAGCCUCAGUGCUGAAGCAGGACCGGGAGCGGCUCCGGGCCAUGCAGAAGCAGCAGCCUCGGUUUUCAGAGGACCAGCGGAGGGAACUAGGUGCUGUGCACUCCUGGGUCCGGAAGGGCCAGCUGCCUCGGGCUCUUGAUGUAAUGGCCUGUGUGGACUGCGGUAGUAACACCCAGGACCCUGGCCACCCUGAUGACCCACUCUUCUCGGAACUGGAUGGAUUAGGGCUGGAGCCCAUGGAGGAGGGUGAAAGCAGUGGUGGUGGUGGUGAGGUUGAGGGUGGAGAUGAGGCCCAGGCCCAAUUUGGGACCAGGGUCUCAACCUCUCAGGACCUAGCCAUGGAGGAAGAGGAACAAGGUGGGAGCUCAUGCAGUCCAGCCAUACCUGCCACAGAUAAUGGCACCAGCUAGACUACAUUUUGGGGCAACUUCCAGGAGUGCAUGAGAAGCUUCCUUCUCCCAUGCUUCGACUCUCAGAAUACAGAUGUGGCUGGACCAACCAAUAGCAAAACUAUCCCAGCUUCUCCCAUUGUAGGGGGCUGGACCCCCAUAACCAGCCCAGGAUCCUGGGGUUGCCUCUAGCCUCUGAGAGAACAGAGAGUGGAACUCUUCAGCCCAGCCUAGAAAAGCCUCACCUCCCACCCCUGGUGAGGAAUCCUUUCUUCCUCUGGACAAGGUUGCUGAUAGGCUGUUGAAGUGGUCUCUCCAAGUUUCAGCUGUGCCAGAGUCCUGGUCUGCCAGGGUUGGGGACUGUACUUAUUUAUUGGGGGAGGCAGCCCUCUCUCCCCCCUCCUCCUCAGAUGGGAGGAGGAGGGCCUGAGGCCUAAGCAGGAGCGGGUGGUCCAAACCCUUAGCUGCUCCAAGGUGGGGAAAGUUGGUGGACCAUGGAGUCCCUGGUGCUGCCCCUCAGGUGGGACCCAGGCGUUCUCAGCUGUACCUCUACCGAUGACAUUUGUGUUUUUGAUAUUGUGUCUGUUAAUAUUUUUUAAUACAAAACAAAACAAAACACAGGACUUUGUGGAAUGAAAUUUGGGGGUUGGGUGAGGGGAGAUCUUUGUGGGGAGGUGUGGCCGACUUCCUAGAAAGUUGUAGUGAGUGAACAAUUUCCAUCCCUCUUCUCCCCAUACCCUUUCCAGCUGAAGAGCCUUGCUGAGCCUGCUAAAUCUCCACCUAAUUCAAAUCCUCU